CACUUGGGACCGGUCCCUGAGUAGGUGAGGAGGUGGGUAGGAGCUUGCUUAUAGAAAAGUGGAAUCGAGUAGUCCUUGUUAGUGGAGCCGCUGCCUCCAGGGAACUCAAGGUCGGCUCCUGUUUCUUCAAGAGUGCUGGAGGCCAAACUUGAAAUACAAGUUUAAGGUUCCCCAUCGGGCAAAAGACAAGGAUCCGAUCUCCCCCGGCCCGGUGUGCAGCAGGAGCGACCAACCCCGACCCGGGUUAAAACUCCCAGGGACUCUUCGCUGCUGCCACCUCUUGUUCUCUCCCCCGUUCCCACUCGGGGUCUCCCUCAGGGCCGGGAGGCACAGCGGUCCCUGCUUGCUGAGGGGCUGGAUGUACGCAUCCUCAGGUUCCCGCGGACUUGGGGGCGCCCACUGAGCCCCGGCGCCCGCAGAGGGCUUGUGUUUGCCUCCUGCAGCCUCAACCCGGAGGGCAGCGAGGGCCUACCACCAUGAUCACUGGUGUGUUCAGCAUGCGCUUGUGGACCCCGGUGGGCGUCCUGACCUCGCUGGCGUACUGCCUGCACCAGCGGCGGGUGGCCCUGGCCGAGCUGCAGGAGGCUGAUGGCCAGCGUCCGGUCGACCGCAGCCUGCUGAAGUUGAAAAUGGUGCAGGUCGUGUUUCGACACGGGGCGCGGAGUCCUCUCAAGCCGCUCCCGCUGGAGGAGCAGGUAGAGUGGAACCCCCAGCUGUUAGAGGUCCCACCCCAAACUCAGUUUGAUUACACAGUCACCAAUCUAGCUGGUGGUCCGAAACCAUAUUCUCCUUAUGACUCUCAAUACCAUGAGACCACCCUGAAGGGGGGCAUGUUUGCUGGGCAGCUGACCAAGGUGGGCAUGCAGCAGAUGUUUGCCUUGGGAGAGAGACUGAGGAAGAACUAUGUGGAAGACAUUCCCUUUCUUUCACCAACCUUCAACCCACAGGAGGUCUUUAUUCGUUCCACUAACAUUUUUCGGAAUCUGGAGUCCACCCGUUGUUUGCUGGCUGGGCUUUUCCAGUGUCAGAAAGAAGGACCCAUCAUCAUCCACACUGAUGAAGCAGAUUCAGAAGUCUUGUAUCCCAACUACCAAAGCUGCUGGAGCCUGAGGCAGAGAACCAGAGGCCGGAGGCAGACUGCCUCUUUACAGCCAGGAAUCUCAGAGGAUUUGAAGAAGGUGAAGGAUGGGAUGGGCAUUGACAGUAGUGAUAAAGUGGACUUCUUCAUCCUCCUGGACAACGUGGCUGCCGAGCAGGCACACAGCCUCCCAAGCUGCCCCAUGCUGAAGAGAUUUGCACGGAUGAUUGAACAGAGAGCUGUGGACACAUCCUUGUACAUACUGCCCAAGGAAGACAGGGAAAGUCUUCAGAUGGCGGUAGGCCCAUUCCUCCACAUCCUGGAGAGCAACCUGCUGAGAGCCACGGACUCUGCCACUGCCCCCGACAAGAUCAGAAAGCUGUAUCUCUAUGCGGCUCAUGAUGUGACCUUCAUACCGCUCUUAAUGACCCUGGGGAUUUUUGACCACAAAUGGCCACCGUUUGCCGUUGACCUGACCAUGGAACUCUACCAGCACCUGGAAUCUAAGGAGUGGUUUGUGCAGCUCUAUUACCACGGGAAGGCCUUGCAGGUACCAAGCAUAACAGGAAUGAAUAAAAUUCUAGGGCUUCUCCAGCCUCAUUGACAAGGAAAAAGCAAACUACUCUUCAUUGCAGUGUUGACAUUUCAAAACUGGCAUUUAAUUAUUUACAUACUUUCAUAUAUUAAAGGUACAUAUACAUGUGUAUAAGUAAAUCUGUAUGUGUAUAUGUGUGUAUAAAAGUUUUCAAUAGCUCCACUACUCACAGCUACCCUAGAGAACUUUACCAAAGCCCAGGAGAUCUUCUGCAGUUUGGAGAACAAAAUAAAUCACAGUAAUCCACCAUCCCCUGUAAUCAAAUACAUUUUGACUGAACCCAGUAACAAUGACUCAGUUUCUAGCAAGGUGCCAGGCCCAGCCCUUGUCUUCAUUUGACGUUGAGAACCGAGCAGCCAGAAGCCAGUACUCCAGAGCCCAUAAAGUACCGCCAAAAGCGUGGCCUUAGAUCACAGAUUGAUUCAUGGGGAUGGGCAGGAGUCUCCAGGGAAAACAGCUCAUGGGGUAGCUGUUGAGCUUCUAUGUGGGAAGUGAGGAAAAUGAAAGCUCCUGGAAGCUUGGUGAAGAUGAGAAACAAACAUGAGCUCCUGGGGUCUUUAAUAAAAAGAACUUUGACUGUAGAAAACAAAAAGAUUGAAAACUUAAAUUCACCCUCAACACUAAUUAAUUGGACACUGGAUAUAACUGAGAUUUGUAAGCUGUUUCUGCCCUUGACCCUGGCUCCAGCCUCUAGAGAAUGGAAGAGUGUGGCUAGCACAGAGCUGCGGGUCAGCCCCUCAUGAGAGGGGGUUGCUGGUCUAGGUGCAGGUGGUGAGGUGUGAGAAACCCAGCCACCCAGAGCCGCACAGCAACACGCCCAGCCGGCCCCAGUGAAGACAUGCAGUUUCCUAGGGCUGGGUUUCUUUAACCUGUUCUUUGGAACCCCAGGGUACCCACAUAAUUGUUUGGGAACACUAAGCAGGUAUUUUGCAAGAGAAAUCUGGGUUCUUUCGCGUUUGGUGAAAUAACUGAAUUUUCCCAUGCUUUAACUAUGUGUGAGGAAAUAAUUUCUGAUUCUUCUGUUUAUUUUCUCUUUCUAUGGUCAUACAUACACUCACCGUCUUCCUCUGACAGUAUUGAUUACCAAGCACAAUUAAGCACUGAGACAGAAAGUUAACAGCUGAAGUGGGGUCACCUAUAGGCAGAAAAUAGAUUCGUGUCUGUUUAACAGUAACCCAGAUAAGAAGCCACGUUAAAUAGAGAAAACUUUUAUUACAAUCCUCAUAGCAUACCUUCCUUUUAACAUUAUUUUUAUGAUUUAGCUCCCUCCAAUAGGAAAUGUUUGGCCACCCACUGGUUUUGUGCUUUAUAAACUUAUUGCUUUAAAUGUGUUAUUAAAAUCUUACCACCAAAUUAGGAUUCCAUGACUUUUCUUAAAUGUAAGGGUUUGUGACUUUGAAAAAAAUUACAGGUCUGAGUUAGAGAAAAGAAAGUGGCAAUGAGGCUCAAGUUGUCUAAACAGCAUGGGAAAUAUGAUACAAUUUAAUGUUAUUUCAAGCAAAAGAGAUGAGUCUAAGGAUUUUGUAGAAUAAGCAAAUUUUUGCAAGUGAUCUUCCUGUGGUUCUCUCACCCCACCCCCAGCCUAUCUUCCACAAUCUGAUCACCUGAUCCCUUGCUUAAAACUUUGAAGUUCAAACAUCUUACUGGGCCACACUGGGCUCUCUGUGACCCA